AUGUCUGCUCCGUUCGCCAAGCUUCCCUCCUCGGCCAGCAUUUCUCCUACUCCCUUCACUGUCUCCAUCCCCGAUGAGCAGCUGAAUGACCUGAAAACCCUCAUCCGACUAUCCAAAAUCGCCCCUCCCACCUAUGAGAACCUGCAAUCAGAUGGCCGGUUUGGCGUCACUUCCGAAUGGCUGUCAUCCAUGCGGGAGAAAUGGGUCUCGGAAUUUGACUGGCGAACAUUUGAAGCUCGAAUGAACUCUUUCCCCCAGUUUACUACGGAGAUUGAGGGUCUCACAGUGCACUUUGCUGCCUUAUUUUCUCAGAGGGAGGAUGCUGUGCCCAUCGCAUUGCUCCAUGGUUGGCCCGGCAACUUCGUUGAAUUCUACCCAAUCCUCCAGCUAUUCAGCGAGGAGUACUCUCCUGAAACCUUACCUUUCCAUCUAAUUGUUCCAUCCCUUCCUGGGUACACCUUCUCGUCUGGUCCCCCACUGGACAGGGAUUUCGGCUUGGUUGACAUCGCCCGGGUCGUAGACCAGUUGAUGAAGGACCUCGGGUUCGGCAGUGGCUAUGUUAUCCAGGGAGGUGAUAUUGGUAGUUUUGUAGGGCGGGUUCUGGGCGUAAGCUUCGACGCCUGCAAAGCGGUUCAUUUGAACUUAUGCGCAAUGAGAGCUCCCCCUGAAGGCCUGUCAACGGAGAGCUUGACUGCGGCGGAGAAAGAAGGACUCGCGCGAAUGGAGAAAUUCAUGACCAAUGGCCUAGCUUAUGCCCUGGAGCACAGUACUCGGCCCAGUACGAUCGGCCAUGUGCUGUCCAGCAGUCCGAUCGCUUUACUCGCAUGGGUUGGUGAGAAAUACCUCCAAUGGGUGGAUGAGCCCCUCCCUUCUACGACAAUUCUUGAGAUGGUAAGCCUGUAUUGGCUCACUGAGAGUUUUCCACGGGCUAUUUAUUCCUACCGUGAGACUACCCCCACCGCCUCUGUGCCCAACGGAGCGACGAUGCUGCAGAACGAAUUAUAUAUUCACAAACCAUUCGGGUUCUCGUUCUUCCCUAAGGACCUUUGCCCCGUGCCUCGAAGCUGGAUUGCUACCACAGGAGAUCUAGUCUUCUUCCAGGAUCAUACAGAGGGAGGACACUUUGCCGCAUUGGAGCGUCCACGCGAGCUCAAGGCCGAUCUAACGGCGUUUGUCGAGCAGGUGUGGCAGAAGUAG